CGCAGCUGCCGCUGCCGCCGCUGAGCUGAAUAUAGCAGUGUGACGACGGGGAGCUGUCGGGGGGAGGGAAGGCAGCAGGGAUUGGGUCUCCCCGGGAGACCCACCGCGUCCCCUCGCCGCCCUUUGUUCCCCGGCGCGGGCUCUUCCCGUGGGAAACCCCCCCCAUCAUCCCCGGGAGGGGUGGAUCAUAAAACCGGAUCGCGAGGAAAGAGCCGGCGGAGGGUAGACCCAAGGCUUGGCAUUGGCAUCUUCGUAGAAGUUCUGUCCCGAUGGCUGUGGAUGUGGGGAAAUCAUCUUCUGAAGCCUCGCUGAGCAGGAAGGUGGAGGGUGGUGGUCUCUGGGAGCCAGCAGAGGUGGAGAUGGACUACCCAGAGCUGGCGGGCAGCCUGCGACGGCUUCUAGGGGCAGAGGAAGCCAAGCCCUGCCCGCAAGGGACGGAGAGCGCGGCGAUGAGCGGGUGCAGUCGCUUGGCCACUGGUGUUACCCAGGGGGGCUCGAGCUGCCACCGAGAAGCCUCUUCAGAAUCCACGUCCAGAUCUCCCAGAGCAAGAGGAAGCCUCUCAGAGACAGAGACAUUAAUUUGUAGAGGUGAUGGUGAUGUGCAUCGUCGUGGUGGCGACCGGUGCCUCUCCUCCGGAGAGCAGCAGGUGAAAACAUCAGGCCGUUGGGAGCCAACAUCCAGCCCUCCCAGCUCUGCAGAUGAGAGUCUCCUCGCCGGCAGCAGCCACGACGCCCGCGCCGGCCGGCGGAGCCGAAGGCUGGGACCUCGAUCCCCAUUUUCCUCCACCACGGAGCUCCUGAGGCCCCAAACCCCUCUCAGCCCCGAGAGCGCCCUGCGGAGCCGCUCCACCUCCAGCUUCUCCACUCUGUCUUCAGAAGAAAACGGCCUCUCCGAAGAGCUGUCCCAAAGCUUGCCAGCCGGCGGGGAGAUGUCUUCUCCUGCGGCCACCACCGGUGGUGCCUUCCGUCGGCGGAGGGGUGCGGUGGAAGGCAAGGUGCCCAAGCCCUUCCAUCCCCUGCUUGAUGACCACACCAUCACAGAGCGCAUCAGGGAGAUGUCGUCCUACCAAGCUGAUUACUGGGCCUGUGCCAUACCGGAUUCGUUACCCCCGUCUCCUGACCGUCGCUCGCCCCACUGGAACCCCAAUAAAGAGUACGAGGACCUGCUGGAUUAUGCUUACCCGCUGAAGCCAAGAUACAAGCUGGGAAAGGUGCCGGAGCCUUUCUUCCAUGACUCAGGGAUAGGUUUGGACAGCUUUUCCGUUUCCCCCGAGGGCACGUCGAGGUCCACCAGCAUCUACAGCCGAGGUGGGCAGGCUCGGGGAAGCGGAGAAAACGGCUGUCGGAGGUUCGUGGCCUCUGCAGCGAGGUCCUCCACCCCGGGGCCAGGAAAAAGGGGCUGCUCGGGAGCUGGCUCAUCCUAUGAACCUUUACGUGUUCCAAAGAGCGCUUCGUCUCGACCUUCUAGAGGUCUUGCUGAGGACGUAACGACAGAGCCAUCCGGGCUGGGCUCACCUGGCCGCCCUGCUGCGGGUGGGAGAAGCUGGUGUAGCCGAGGGAGCCCCUUCCCAAACCACAAAGGGCAGGUGAAAAGCAUGAGUAGGUUUUUACCUACAACACGAGUCCUCCCUCUAAGGAAAGAGUGGGAGGAGGAUGAAGAAUUCCUCUCCCUGCCUCCCAGACUGCAGGAGCUGGAAAGGCUGGCUCACUUCUUAUCCGAUCUUUCCUUAACUAUAAGGACACCCGGGCAGGACCACCAUCACCUGCCAGGUCACGGCCAGGGCAGGCAGCCCCUUCCCUCUGCUUCAGCUUUUUUGGGAGAAGUGGGUGGCAGGGACAAAAAGGGGAAUAUUGAGGAUCGUCCUGGGCUGUGGAACCCCUGCAGGUCUCAAAAACUUAGCUGGGAAAACCCCGGAUGGUGCAGCCAGAUCCGUAGGGAUUCUCUGCGGGGGCUUCGUCUUCCGACCGGCCUGGGGGACACAUUGGAUGGGACCCACCUAAAUGAACCCCGGGUGAAGGGGCAUCCGAAGAGGAGCCAAGAAGGCGAGUCCCUCGCCCAGUGCGUGAAGGUGUUUUGCUGCCAGCUGGAAGAGCUGAUCCGUUGGCUCUACGGGGUCGCAGAUGUCACCGAGGGCUGGGUGCCACCCUCGUCGGAUGCCGAGAGCCUGAAGGCAUCGCUGCGCCGCUGCUUGGAGUUCAGGAAAGACGUAGCCAACCACCGGAGCCUGACGGAGAGCGUGCUGGAGAGGGGAGAGGCUCUCCUCGACUGCAUGGCCUCCAGUUCCCCAGCUCUGAAGGACACGCUGGGUUUGAUUGCCCAGCAGUCGGUGGAGCUGGAGAGCCACGCGGAGCGUCUGUACCAGUCCGUGCGAGCUGCUGUGGGUCAGGGGGAGGACGGACAGGAGGACAGGGGGUGGCAGCAGACAGCUGCCCAGUGGGUGCUGCCUCCGUUGGCCCCAGGCUUUGCGAGCCCUGAGCUGCGGGAGGACUGAGAGACACACAGAGCCCGCCCUGAACCACCGAAGCCAGAGGAGCAUCCUGGGAUGGUCAUCACCACCGUGGGGAGCUUUUCUUAACCCUGGUUUGGGGAGGUUUGUGGGUGAGGAACCUACAGCUCAGACUUUUUCUAGGUUUUGUUUUGGUUUUGGUUUUUUUUUUAAUGUAGUUUUCCUUUUUUUUUUUUUUUUUUUUUUUUUUAAACUGCCGUGGCCUGUCCCACACAUUAGCAAAAAUGUCAGGACCACGCUGGGUUUUCUUGUUUUGUUUUGUGGUUUGUUGUUUUUUUUUUUAACUGAGUAAUCCAUAGUGUGCUGUGUAACUCACUUCUAAGUAAAAAAAAAGCGUGAUUUUUAAAUAGCUGCGUUCUCAUAGUUUAAUGCUCUUCAAAAAAAUUUUAAAAAAAUAGGUGCUAGAAGCCAAGAAAUAGCAACUCCUGGGAGCAAAGUGAACUCGUGUUUAUAAGGACUGGUCCCCGCUGGAGCAGAGCUUCUUUAACUGUCAGUUUUCUUAAAGAGCCCAGAUGUUCUGCACCUCUGGAUAAACUAACGAGGAGGUGAGUGUGCUCAGGGAGGGUCCCUCCACCCCAGCCUGGUAGGAAGGGUCUCCCCCAACACUUUUGGCACCAAAAAAGGGCAUCCCCAAGGUGAGUGGCCCAAAAAAAGAUAUUUACAGGC